AUGUCGCAUAGAAAAUUUUCGGCGCCUCGUCAUGGAUCUAUGGGAUUCUAUCCCAAAAAGAGGUCUCGCCGUCAUCGUGGAAAAGUGAAGGCGUUCCCUAAAGAUGAUGCCAGCAAGCCGGUGCAUCUUACUGCCUUUAUCGGGUACAAAGCUGGUAUGACCCACGUGGUUCGUGAACCUGACCGUCCUGGUUCAAAGAUCAACAAGAAAGAGAUUGUGGAAGCUGUAACAAUUAUCGAGACACCUCCCAUGGUAUGUGUUGGUGUUGUCGGCUAUAUUGAAACACCCCACGGUCUACGUGCCCUAUUGACUGUAUGGGCUGAGCACAUGUCUGAAGACUGCCGUCGCCGCUUCUACAAGAACUGGUACAAAUGUAAGAAGAAGGCUUUUACAAAGGCAAGCAAGAAAUGGCAGGAUGAACUUGGUCGCAAGUCCAUUGAAAAGGACUUCAAAAAAAUGAUUCGCUACUGCAGUGUAGUUAGGGUUAUUGCCCACACACAAAUGAAACUGCUUAAGCAGCGUCAAAAGAAGGCUCAUAUCAUGGAAAUCCAAGUGAAUGGUGGAACCAUUGAAGAUAAAGUGAAAUGGGCUAGAGAACAUCUUGAAAAACCUAUUCCUGUAGAUUCUGUCUUUACUCAAGAUGAGAUGAUUGAUUGCAUUGGUGUCACCAAGGGCAAAGGAUACAAAGGUGUAACCUCUCGUUGGCAUACUAAGAAGCUGCCACGUAAGACACACAAGGGUCUACGUAAAGUUGCUUGUAUUGGAGCAUGGCAUCCUUCAAGAGUUUCAUUUACUGUUGCCCGUGCUGGUCAAAAGGGCUACCAUCAUAGAACUGAGAUGAACAAGAAAAUUUACAGAAUUGGUCAAGGUAUUCAUACCAAGGAUGGUAAAGUCAUCAAAAAUAAUGCUUCCACUGAAUACGAUUUAUCUGAAAAGUCUAUUACACCCAUGGGUGGAUUCCCUCAUUAUGGUGAAGUGAACAAUGACUUUGUCAUGAUCAAGGGUUGUUGUAUGGGACCUAAGAAGCGUGUUAUCACAUUGAGAAAGUCAUUGAGAGUUCACACCAAGAGAGCGGCACUUGAGAAGAUCAACUUGAAGUUCAUUGAUACAUCAUCCAAAUUUGGACAUGGUCGCUUCCAGACACCUGCUGAUAAGGCUGCUUUCAUGGGCACUCUUAAGAAGGACCGUAUUCGAGAAGAGGCUGCAGCAACAGCUGCACCAGCUGCUACUCAGUCA